CAUAAGAAUCAGCUGGAAAUGUAUACAACUAUUUCUCAGUGCGACUUCUGUUAACUUGACAUACUAGUUAGUAGGCACUCCAGUUUCAAGUGGUGAAAGACCGAUUGUGGUGAAUCGUAAGUAUUGUUAUUCUAUUCGUAAUAUCAAUACUAGUAAGUAAAUCACUUCUGCGUUGAUUGUUAAAAUACUUAAGAGUGCUUCUAUCUAUGGAAACCCCUAUAGAUAACGAUAAUUGAAAAUGUACUUAGAAUUGAAAUGAAUAAAGCUAAGUAUACAGCUUGUGGACGUUUUUUUUUUACUAUAAGCCAAUUAAGAAAGGUUCUCAAUUUAGUGUGCCAGCUAGCUAGUUGGACACUGAACGCCGACACAGUGCUUUCUUCUUAUUUGAUUAUCUGAAAUUUUUUGUAUUUAAUUGAUUUGAUUUGAAUAACUUAUUUUAUGCUACUAUUAUCACCAGCGAGUGAUAACGAAGGUAUAGUAAUUUACUUGGCAAGAGGCUCGUAUAAAAGCUGCUCAGCAUUCCAGCAUAGAUAGCACUUUACGUUCGAUAAGACUACUAGAAUCGUUUCUUUAUGGACGGAAGGAUGACUAAAAGCACAAGUUUAGGCUACUUAACUGUAAUAUUUUUAACGCUCAGCGCUGCUAUUCAAGGCCAACAUGAGCCGCAUUGGUGGAUUAUUCGCAAUACUAUUGUACACCUUUUCGAAUGGAAGUGGACGGAUAUAGCCAAAGAGUGUGAGCGGUUCUUAGCACCGCAAGGGUUUGCCGGCGUACAGGUCUCGCCCGCAGCCGAGAACGUGGUCAUCGCCGGUCGGCCAUGGUGGGAGCGCUACCAGCCAGUUUCCUACAAGCUGAUCACACGAUCUGGCAAUGAAACCGAGUUCGCGGAUAUGGUGCGAAAAUGCAACGAUGUAGGUGUACGCAUUUACGUUGAUGUCUUGCUAAAUCAUAUGGCUGCCACACAUGAGGGUAUUGUAGAAGGCACUGGUGGCUCUAGGGCGUCACCAGGUGCCAAAGAUUUCCCAGCUGUACCUUAUGCUGCACAUGACUUCCAUAAAACUUGCGACAUUCUGGAUUGGAAUGAUCGUAUUCAAGUGCAAAAUUGUGAGCUAGUUAGUUUGAAGGACUUGAAUCAGAGCAGCGAAUGGGUGCGUGAUCGUCUCGUAGAAUUUCUUGAUCAUUUGGUUGAGUUAGGCGUCGCUGGUUUUCGUGUGGAUGCCGCCAAGCAUAUGCCAGCCAAAGAUUUGAAGAUCAUCUACGAUCGCGUGCGUAAUCUCAACAUUGAACAUGGCUUCGCGCGCAAUACGCGUCCCUUCAUAUAUCAGGAGGUAAUCGAUCAUGGUCACGAAACGGUCACCAAGUAUGAGUAUAAUUCACUUGGCGUCGUCACUGAAUUCCGCUUUUCGGAGGAAAUUGGCAACGCCUUCCGUGGUCAUAAUCAGCUCAAAUGGUUACAAAACUUUGGCAUCGCCUGGGGCUUCCUACCCUCCGAGGAUGCCUUGGUCUUUGUCGACAAUCAUGAUAAUCAGCGCGAUGACGGCAAUGUACUUACUUAUAAAAUAGCUAAGCAAUACAAAAUGGCCACUGCUUUUAUGCUAGCCUACCCCUUUGGCAUUGCGCGCGUAAUGAGCUCAUUUCACUUUGAGCACCGCGAUCAGGCGCCACCGGCAGACACAAAUGAGCAGUUACUUUCACCUGAAUUUGAUGAAAAUGGCGCUUGCUCGAAUGGUUGGGUUUGUGAGCAUCGUUGGCGCCAAAUCUACAACAUGGUGGGUUUCAAGAAUGCGGUACGCGGCACUCAAGUGACUAAUUGGUGGGAUAAUGACGACAAUCAGAUUGCUUUCUGUCGUGGCAAGCGCGGCUUUAUUGCAUUUAAUGGGAAUAGCUGGGACUUGAAGCAGCAUUUGAAUACUUGUUUGCCUGCUGGGGUAUACUGUGAUGUAAUCUCAGGUGGGCUUGUGAAUGGCAAUUGCACCGGAAAGUCCGUAGUGGUCAACGAUUCGAGUUAUGCUGAUAUUGAAUUGGGCCCCGCUGAGUUCGAUGGUGUUCUAGCUAUACAUGCGAAUUCGAAGCUGUAGAAUCUUUAUUGUGAAAGGAUAUGCUGAUGAAAUGUGAAAAUAAAAUUUACAUAUUUUAUUAAAUUGUUUCGAAAAACUUUUAAUUACGUACACGCUGGGUUCUGAGCCACACAUUUUCUUAGAUUGUCGGACUUUUAUUUAAUAUAUAGUCAGUCGCGGGGAAAACUUUUAAAGCUUUGAUUGAAACUCUGACUGACAGUCAGUAAUACAUAUAUUAUAUCGAUGCUGAUCAAAACGUAUCCCACAGCAGAAGCUUUUUAACGAAUUUUUUAUUUUAUAUGCAAAUGCACAAAAUAAAAGCUCUAUCCGAUUAUCACUGGUAUAAUAUUGAUUCGUAGCCACUGAUCCACGCCAAAGAUGAGCAUUGCCUUGACUCUGUGAUUUAAGUUUUUAUAUACCUUUUAUGGGCCAGUGAUGAACAGUAGAGCCUUUACUCUGUUCGC